CGGCGGGUGCGCGGGGCCGCCGUGGGGCUGCCGCGCUGCGGGAGCGGGAAACGGGAGAGCGGCAGGUAGGUGAAUGAAUCUUCAGGAGCAGAGUUGCUAAAACUGACAGAAAAUGGCCUAUCGGAGAGAUGAAAUGUGGUCUGAAGGGCGAUACGACUAUGAGCGGGUUCCAAGAGAACGUCUGCCUCCAAGGAUUCAUGGUGAUGGUGAUUACCACAGAAUAGUAAACAUUGUGCCCAAGAAGCCACCACUGCUUGACAGACCUGGGGACGGGAAUUACAGUCGCUAUGACGAUUACGGUCACGCUGAGUACAGGGACUAUAACGAGGGGCGUAGUUUCGGCCACGACCGAAGAAGUGGCCCUCCACACCGAGGUGUACGCAAGGAUGAAUCAGGAUACAGAUGGUCAAGGGAUGAUCACCCUACAAGACCUGAAUACAGGGACGUCAGAGAUGGCUUCAGAAGAAAAAGCUUCUAUUCUUCUCAUUAUACCAGAGAUCGAUCCCCUCACAAGAGGGACUCUCCUUUCUUCAGGGAAUCGCCAGGGAGCCGGCGGGAUUCUCCGCACAGCAGAUCUGGCUCUAGCGUCAGCAGCAGGAGCUACUCUCCUGAAAGAAGCAAAGCCUAUCCUUUCCACCAGCAUAGCAGAAAUAUGUCAUCUUUACAUAAAAGAAAUGUUUCUUCUCAGCAAGGUAAAGAGAGGACAGUUCAGUCACUGAAAACAUCAAGAGAUGCAUCACCUUCAGGGUCCACAGCAGUACCUUCCUCAAAGGCCUUGGAGAAGAGCAGCAGACUAUCAGAAAAGGAACUUGCAGAAGCUGCAAGCAAGUGGGCAGCUGAAAAGUCAGAGAAGGCUGAGGAAAGCAAUUUACCCGAAAUAACAGAGUAUGAUGCUGGAUCUUCAGCUCCAUUAUACAUUGAGCAAACAGAGGAGACAGAGGCAAAUCUAACGGAUAGUACGGAAUUGUACGAGGACAGCCAGCUUCUAGGUCGUUCAAAAGCAAUUGCAACUAAGACAAAGGAGAUUGAACAGGUCUACAGACAAGACUGUGAAACCUUUGGCAUGGUAGUGAAGAUGCUAAUUGAUAAAGAUCCAUCAUUAGAGAAGUCCAUUCAGUUUGCCCUGAGGCAGAAUUUGCAUGAGAUAGGUGAGCGAUGCAUUGAAGAACUGAAACAUUUCAUUGCUCAGUACGAUGCUGCCAACCAAGACGUGUCAGAGUCCUUCAAGGAGGGCUCUUACUAAGGACAAAAAUAUGCUUUUAGAUCCUCUGCAUUGUGUCUGCCAUAGUACAUACAUCUGCUUUUUGUGGGGAAAGAGGAACCCAAGGCCUGUGCUCCUUUCCAAUAGCUCAGGUGACGGUUCCCUUGUCCACUGUGGUCU